GUUGAACAACAGAACAUGUCUGAAACAAACAUGGAGGAGACAGUAGAUCAAGCUGCAAACAGUAGAACUAUUUCUCUGCCUAUCUCCAGGGUGCGAUUAAUCAUGAAAAGUUCUCCCGAUGUGUCCUGUAUAAACCAAGACGCUCUUUUCUUGACGACAAAAGCAACGGAGCUUUUUGUCCAGCACUUGGCUCUUUCCUCGUAUGAAAACGGACCCAGUAAAGACACAAACACCCUGUCCUACAGUGAUCUGGCUGAUACGGUAGAGGAGACGGAAACCUUUCAGUUUUUAACUGACAUCCUUCCUAAGAAAAUCUUGGCCAGAGAUUAUCUCAAGACGCUGGAAGAAAUGGAAAAAGAGGAUGACAACAUGUAGUGAUGGAUAGCAAGUCAGAGGAAAUCACUGCUAACUGGUCCUGUCAACUUCCUCACUAAAAAUCACACAACGCUGUCUUACACAUCAGGACAUUUCACCCAAAGAAUAGUGUUUUUACACCUGGUUUGGAGAGGUUAUGUACACGUUAUACUUGAUGUAGUCACUGUGUUGUUUUUACAUCUACUUACACUAUGCUAAGUCUAAAUAGACAUCAACCACUGAGUACUGGAAAGCAGAAUCAUUUCUGUUCAUUACUGCUCGACACCAUGAGUCGUGCGUAUAGAAAAGAUCUUGUUCAUUCCUGACAGUCCAUUCAAUGUGAAAUCAGAGCUUGCUCCUAAAUGCAUCUCUCAGGGUUUCGGGUGUGUUUUAGAGACAUGUUUGAUUGCAUUUUUAACCACGUCACUGCUGAGGAGGAUAAAAGUUAGGGUUUCUAUAGUGUACUGUGUAUAGUUUUAAAAAAAAAUUCUUGAACAGUUUGUGUUUGUAUUUGAAUAAAUACGUUUGUUGA